CUUCAUUAAAAAAAAAAAAAAACGAAAAAUAAUUAAAAUAAAAAUCAAGAGUGAAUACGAAUGAGUAACGGUAUAAAGCAAAUCAAAGAAAUUUUCUACUACAUACUCAAUACCACCGUCAGUCAGUCAGUUAGUCUGCCAAUACCUCCCGCAGAUUCUUUAAUUUUGGUGGAGUGUACGAGUAUAAAUAAAUAUACAUAAAUAUGAAGGAAUACCAACAAUUUGAAAAGUUCCAUUUUCAUUGGGCAGAUUAUUUAGUAUUUGUACUUAUGAUUAUUGUAUCAACCAGCACUGGCAUUUAUUAUGGAUAUUUCAGAAAAGAAAAAAUUGUGAAAGAAUUACAACAAGAUGAUAUCGAGAGUAAAGAUAAGACUAAAACCGAUUUCGGUUCAUCGAAAAUGAGUGAAUAUCUGUUGGGUUCAAGAAAAUUAAAAAUAUUUCCGGUAGCAAUGAGUUUGGUUGGUAGCUAUGUUUCCGGAGUUACCAUUCUGGGAACAGUAUCAGAAAUCUAUAAUUUCGGCACUCAAUAUUGGCUAAUUAUAGUAUCUAUAUUUCUGAUGUCAAUCGUUGUUUCCAAAGUGUAUUUACCAGUUUUUGCUGCACUGCGUGUUGGAUCUUCAUAUGAGUACUUAGAGAUGCGCUUCAGUUCAGCAGUGCGAAGUAUUGCAUCAAUAAUGUUUGUGAUGGAUGAGAUAUUUUUCUUACCAAUUAUUUUAUAUGUACCUGCGAUAGCAUUUAAUCAAGUAACCGGUAUUAACAUUCACAUUAUAAGUAGUACGAUGUGUGUAAUUUGUGUAUUUUAUACACUAAUUGGAGGUAUAAAAGCUGUUGUUCAUACAGAUGCUUGGCAAAUUUUGGUCAUGUUUUUUUCAGUAUUGAUUGUGGUUAUAUUGGGUACCAUAUAUGCUCAUGGCUUUAGUAACGUCUUUGAAGCCGCAUCUGAAGGCGGUCGCUUAAUAUUUGGCAAUAUUAAUCCAUCACCAUAUGAUCGCCAGACAUUGUGGGGUGUUUUGAUUGGUGGAUUUUUCUAUUGGACCUCGUUCAAUUCAGUUAAUCAAACAAUGGUCCAACGUUACAUGUCUUUGCCAUCACUGAAAAAGGCUCAAUGCUCUGUUGUCAUUUUUACGGUUGGCAUUGUGCUUUUCAUAUCCGUAUGUUGUUUUGCCGGUUUACUUGUGUAUAAUUUCUAUAAAGACUGUGAUCCUAUAUCAUCUGGCUUAAUAACGCAUGAUGAUCAACUUUUACCCGUUUAUGUAAUGCAAACUGUGGGAAAUCUUCACGGCAUACCUGGUCUCUUCAUAGCCGGUGUCUUUGGUGCUGCACUCAGUUCGUUAUCGGUGGUGUUGAAUUCAACAUCUUUGGUAGUUUUGGAAGAUAUUGUUAAAGGUUGCUUUCACAUAAAGUUGUCCGAAAAGGCUUCCUCUAUAGUGGUAAAGAGUUGUAUUAUUGUACUUGGAGGUGCAGCUGUAUCUCUUGUUUUUGUCUUAGAACAACUAAGCGGUAUAUUAAGUGUGGCCACUUCGGUAACUGCUAUUGCCGCUGGAACAACUUGUGGUAUAUUUACGUUGGGCAUGUUAGUGCCAUGGAGUAAUAAUAAAGGAGCUUUGGCCGGAGCAUUGGCUGGUGCUUUAAUGUCCGGCUGGAUCUCAUUUGGCUCACAAAUAGCCAUUGCCCAAGGCCAGGUGGUGCCCGUAAAACUUCCCGUUUCUGUGUCAGAUUGUCAUAUGGGGGAUAUGUCUAUGUUUAGCAACAUCACUUCCAGUCCUGUUGAUGAAUCGGAUGUCUUUCCAUUAUAUCGCUUGUCAUUCCAUUGGAUUAAUCCUAUUGGUGUAAUUUCGACCGUUCUGGUGGGCACAAUAGUCUCAUUCUUAACGGGUCCAACAAUAGUUAAGAAAUUGGAUGCGGAUCUCAUAUCGCCGGUUAUUCACAGAUUUUUACCAAGAGAAUGUUUCCCACCAUCCAGUACGGAUGGCGAUAUAACAAGAGAAAAUACAGCUCAAACAUUAACACAUCUUUUGAACGAUGCCGGCAAGAGAACCGAUUUGGACGGAAGUACAGACAAUAGUGAAAAAUAUUAAAUUUAAAAAAAAAAUUACACAAUAUUUGAAUAAAAACUGUCUUGCCAAAUUUAGUUAGUACGUGUACGGAUAAAAUAUAUUUUUAAAUUGUGUGAAUAUAAUCAACAUGUUAAUAAUAUUGGUCGGUCCUAAAUUGUAAUUUAGAAUUUAGUUUUAGGAAGUCAUUUAUAAUUAAUCUAUUUCUAAAUAAUAAUAAUAAUUCGUAUUUAUAUACAUACAUAUUUACAUACAUACAUAUAUACAAAUUUACUUUUUAAACAUUUUAAGUGCAAUUGUACAGGUACAAUCAAAAUAUAAUUAGUAAUUAAAUCUUAAUUAGUUCAUAUGUAAGUUAAUGCUUUUAUUUUAAUACAAACCUAAAAUAGAACAAACAUCUUUGUAUUUUUUAGUUAUUUGUUUAAUAAUUUAAGUAAAAUAUUAGUUUUUUAUUGUGUUAAAUAUUAUUUAAGUCUGUUUAUAAGUGAAAACUAGGUACAUGAUUUUAUUAACUUGAAGCAAUUUAAAUAUUUUGGUAGAUUAUGGAAUAUACUUCAAAUACAUUAAAAUAAAGCAGGCAGGCUUAAUGAUAUUCGAUAAAAAUUUUAUUAAAUAAGCACUAGCGUAUAAGCUUGAAUUAAAUCUAGUGUAACUAUUAUUUCUUUUUUUUUGUUUGCUUUUCUGAGAACGUUCAUAUUUUCAAUAUUCUGCCUCGUCUAUAUUGUUAAAACAAUAUCCAAAACAAAAAUAAUAAAUGCAAAUCGUUUCUUUUUCGAAAUCAAUUUCCAUCACAUACUCGAUAAUAAAGCUGGGCUUCUGCAUACACCGUAAUCGGCGCCGAUAACGAAAACUGAAACUGAAAAACGUUGGUGUUCGUCACCGUCUCGUUUCUGAAUUGUUUUCGUUUCAGUUGAGUGCGUUGUGGCAUAAAACAUAAACGAAAUUAUUUUUUUAAUUUUGGAUGUCGCACAUUAAAUAGAAUUUCAUUAUUUUUGAAAAAAUCUAUUAUUUUUGACAAAAUCUAUUAUUUUUUCCUUUUCCAAUGAAGAAAAUUUAUGUGCUGUUUCUAUAGCGAGUGAGGCUUUAAGUGGACGUUUUACAUGUAUUUUGUUUUUGUUGCAAUAACAAAACACAUGUUAAAUUUCCACUCAAAGUACUCGUUCGCUAUAGAAAAACAGCACAUUAAUUUUUUUAUUCAUUUUGAUUUUCUGUAAAUUUGAAAUAAAAAAAUAAUUAAAAUAAUUUCGUUCCUACAGCACCGAAAAUCGUAAUAUCAAUUUAACAAUAUGACUCAUUAUCGACAACAACACUAAAACUAAGGCUUACUACCAGUUUCUGUAUCCCAAGCGACUUAUUUGAGGGAAAACUUAACACGGUAUUGUAACAAAAGCCAAAUACAUAUACAUACAUGUAAAAUAUGCACUCAAAGUAUAUGCUGGGAAUCUAGAAACUGUCAGUUAACGUCCGUAAUUUCAAUACAAGAUUAUCAAAUCAACUUCAAAAUUCUAAUAAAAUUCAGUUUUAUCCCUUUAUUACCCAUUUAGUUGGGUAAUAAAGGGAGUUAGUUGCGUUAAUAAUAAUCAUUGUCUAGUGAAAAAUAAAUAAUAUGGACCUCAUUUUUUUAAUAUACAUGUGCUCAAUUAAAUUAAAUGGUUUUUCUAUAACAACAAGUGAGAGUGAUAUAUUCGGCUGUUUCGAAUCUUAUAUACCCACCAUCAAUAUAAUACUAACACCGAUUUUUGUCUAUUUUGAUCAUUUUCAAUACCAAACACUUCUCAUCAACUGAGAAUAUUUGAGGAAAAUUUCACCCCCCCUUAGUCAUUCCCUGUAGCCCUUAUCGUGGCUUUAAGAGACAGACAUUCAGACGGACGGACAUAUCUAGCUCGUAUACUUUUGUCGACCUAAGCUUAAUAUUUCGAUGUGUUACAAACGGAUUGACAAAAUUAAUCUUUUGUUGGUGGGUAUAAUAAUUAUGUAUACAAUUACUACGAGUGCAAUAUGAAAAUUUAUAGAUAGUUUUGAUAUUGUUUUAACGAUAACCAGAGAUUGAGAAAUUGGGGGUUAAUCUGCUAUUAAUCUGGUUAAUCUGAUAGUAUAACUAUUAGUUAACACAUAACCAGACUUCUUGGUAAUGGGGGCAAAAAAUGUAAUAUUUUUGGGUUUUAGCCAUUUCUAGCCAUUUUUAAUUCAAAAUCUAGCCAUUUUCUGAGCAAAUUAUAGAAGAGUUGGCAACCUUUCUCUGGACUCCAGUAAAAAAUGUUAACUGUUCAAAAUACAGAGUGAAAUUUUGAAAAAUUAUUUGUAUUAGAUUGCAAAUAAACAAUAAUAGCUUAAAAUUCUAAUUUCAUUAUUCAAAAAAUAGCACACGCUCGCUAUUACUAAAUUUGAAAUUAAAUAA